GUUUAUGGUCGUAUUAUAGUUAAAGGGAAAUUUAAUAAUUUUAGCGUCAACUGUCAACGUUGCAGUCCUAUUCCGAAUUCCGGAUCCAUAAACUUUCUUAAAAUAUUGGAAAGGAAACGAAAUUGAAACGGAAUGUGCGAACAAUCUGCUCAAAAUGAAAUUAACCAAAGUUAUUGUUUCAAAUGGAAUGAUUAUCAAAAUCAUUUAUCCGAUGUAAUUCGUCAACUUUUAGAAGAUGAUUGUAUGGUAGAUGUUACACUUUCUGCAGCAGGAGAACGUAUUCAUGCGCACCGUAUUGUUCUAUCUGCUUGCAGUACAUUAUUUCAAGAAGUUCUGAGUCAAGUAAACGAAGAUCAUCCUACCAUAAUAUUAAGCGAUAUAUCUGCUCAGGAUAUAAAAUCAAUUAUUGAAUUUACCUAUCAUGGAGAAGUACGUAUUCCAGUAGAAAAUAUUAAUAGUUUGUUGGAUGCAGCACGAUCUUUAAGAAUAUGUGGUCUUAAUGAGAUUGAUGAUUUUGAUGAAAAUGAUACCAUUAUUGAUAGCAAAGAUGCGGCUGAAGAUAAUAUUGAUCAUUUACCAGAAAUAAGUGAAACGGAUGAAAUCGAGAUAAAUACAUUAAAUAAUAAAUGCGAAUUAGGAAAUUUAAAAACUGAGGAUAAGAUAACAGAAAACUCUCUCUUAAAUAAAAGAAGAAAAAGAAAAAGAGAUGUGAUGAAAAGAGAAUAUAGUGAUGAUAUGUUAGCAUCGGCUAUUAAUGAUUUAAGGCUUGGUCAAACUUUAAUAGAAGCGGCUACCAAACAUAACAUACCACGUUCUACAUUAUACAUGCGUGCUAAAGGAUUGGGUAUACAUUUAAAUGCAUCUAGGAAUGAAUAUCCUGCCGAAUGUAUGCAAGCGGCAAUAGAUACUGUGAUCGCUGGUACUAGUCUACAACAAGCAUCAGAAAUAUUCAGUAUUCCUAAAACCGUAUUAUGGAGACGGAUACAAAAGCAAGGUUAUCAAAUCCUACGCUCCGAAAUGAAAAGAUCUUAUGGAUCGGAUAAACGUGAAGCAGCUGUUAAGGCUUUAGAAAGAGGAGAAAAUUUAACUAAAGUUGCUCUUGAAUUUCAGAUACCCAAGACAACAUUAUUUAGAGACAAAGCAAGAUUAGUGGACGAAGGGAAAUUACCACUUUCAUUUUGGAAAAAACGUAAGACAGAAAAUGAGGAGUUAAAAAAGUCGAGAUUAGAAGAAGCCGUUGCUGCUUGUAAAGGAGGGAAGAUGUCUCAGGCGGCAGCAUCCAUGGCUUAUGAUAUACCAAAGACUACGAUAUGGAGGCGGUUGCAACAGGAUAGUAACAAGUCGGAAAGAUUAACAAAUAAAAAAAAAUCACAGAGAAGUAUUGAGACAACAUCGAGCACAGUUGAUAAACCAAAGCAAGAAGCAUCCGAUUUUACGUACUGCGAGGUCGCGUCAGAAAUUCCGAUAACAUAUAUAGAUGAAAAUAGUUUACCGGAGGAUUCUGUUAUUAUUUUAACGACAGAGGAUAUGGAUGGUCUUAAUUUAGAAGAGGGAAGACAAAUAAUUGUAAAUUCUUAAUUUUCGUUAUAGGUAUCAAGUCAUGAAUAUGUUCCAUGUAAUCUAAAUAUAGAAGAAAAUUCUAAUUACACGCAACCAGAAAGUUAGUAUCAGUGAUAAAAAAUUAGCUACAUAGUAAUUUAUAAUAUGUAGCUGAUAAAAAAAAACAAAAAUAUUGACUUAUCAAUCAUUUGUUUAUGAUAUUCAACUAUAUUUUAUAUUUAUUAUUCUCUUUUAGUUAUAACUAUGUCCUUUCUUAAUUUAUUAUUUUAGAUUAACAAGAUUAGGACGAAGGAUAUUAUAUUUUAUAACGUACGUGAUAAACGUAACGAACAACGAAAAUGAUUUUCUUUAAAAGAAUUAUUUUUUAAAUGAAAAUGUUAUAUACAUAAUUAUAUUGUAAAUAAUGCUCGUUCAUUUAUUUAUUAUCAAUUAAAAUAAGGCGCAAUAUUAUAUUAUCAUUUUGCAGUAUACAUUUUAUGUUGUAAUUAUUGUUAAAGUUAUUAUUGUAUAUUCCAUACAUAACAGAUAACUAUAAUAUUUUGAUGUAUUAUAAAAAAACAAUGUUUUCUUAUUUUAUCGAGCUGAAUUGGAAACAAAUCUAAAGUUAAAAAACAGUAAUGUUAGAUAAAUAUAAAACUGUUAUAUAUUUAUACGAAAAUAUUCGAUUCGGUUUUAUUUCAGUACUCUGAUAAUCGAGUUUAGGACAAUUUCUAUUUACGUGCUUUGAAAGUUACUUGUAGAAUUCUUCUACGCGUGUAAUUCAUUUGUUGUAUAUUUUCGUGGUUUUCAUAAUUAAACAUUCUUUUAUAUGUGAGCUCGACUUAAAAAAAAAAUGAAUAUAUACAAUUUUAUAUAUAAAAGCAAUAAAAAUAUAAAAUACCGUU